AUGCCGGACUACAAAUUCCGGAUUUAUCACUUGUCGGGCGCACUGGUUGCAGAGCUGUCCUUGCCUAGCAACGCCACGGUGGCUGACAUUCUCACCAACUUGCCCGCGAUGCCCACUGGCAGUGGCAACCCUCAGCAUGUGACGCGUCAGCUGUUGCACCAGGGCCGACUGCUCGAGGAAGGUGAGGCGCUCAAAAAGCGGUUUUGUCUCGAGAAUGCGGCGGAGCUGCAGUUGUUGCAGCGUAGUCCGGAGGUACAGAUCAUCCGGCCUGAAACAUCCAUUCCCGCACGGGGCUUAAGUGUCGCUCUGUGUGGUCCGCCCACAGCUGGGAAAAGCAGCAUCCUGUUGCGAUGUGCAGAGGAUGGGUUCAAUGAAGGCUAUUGGGUCCCAGCGACUGGCAUCGACUUCAGGAAAGUUUAUUUGACGAUUGAUGGGGAAGCUGUUCUGGUCAGGCUUUGGGAUGAACCCAAAAGGCAGGAGCAUUAUCGAACUUUUCAGCCGCCCUUUUUCGCGAGGAAGGCAGCUUUAAUCAUGGUGAUUGACAUUACAAGUGAUAAUCCAUUCUGGCAAGUUGACCAUUCCCUACGCCUGAUUGAGAAGGAGUCCAUCCUCACCAAAGUGAUGCUUGGGAACAAGGUGGAUCUGGAGUCGCGGCGCCAGAUUUCACAGGCAGAUGCGCAGCGUUUCGCAUCAGAGCGUGGCUUUCACUACUUCGAGACCUCCGCCAAGGAUGGCACCAACGUCACCCAGGCCUUGGGCUUUACCGUCGUGGACGCCUUGCAAAAAGCGGAGCGCGGCGAUCCGGAUCUGCCCCGACCACCUCCGCGCUCCCGGGAAUCUGCCUGUUCGGUGCAGUGA